UAUAUUAGUGAUAGUUUUAUUUUGUAUAAUUUUUAUUUCGUUUUAGUUUGCAAAAUGGUUAAUUACUGUUGUGUGCCAAAUUGUCCUUCCAAUGGGAAAAGUGUUACCAUGCAUGUGUUCCCACGUGAUGAAGAGUUGUUUAAGAAAUGGUUAGAUAAAAUUGACAAUAAUGACUUAUUGAAAAAACCUUUCGAAGUAGUUAGGAAGAAUCGGAGAAUAUGUGACAUGCAUUUUUCCAUGGAGCUGCGAUAUCAAAAGAGUGGUACAACUGGUUUAAAGGCUACAGCAGUUCCAAAUCUUCACUUGAACUUACCAAAAGGGUUUUCCAAAUACAGUGAGGUUCAGUUAUUAGGGGUUAGAAAUCCAAAACAGCAAGAUGACGAUGGUAAUGAUGUACAGCAAGGUGUAUCUUCGAAUUCUGGGAAAGCCCCGAUAGAAGAUAGUGCCCGGGCCAGUACACCCAAGGCUGGUGAAAGUGAAAUAGAUCCUAUUACCAAAUUUGUUCCUCAACUAAAAAGAGAUUCCAUUUUGGCAAGGGUAAACGUUACCCAGAAAAAGAAAUUCCAAAGUGUGCAUGCACAGAAACUUUAUGAACUAGCCUUGCGUUACAAGCGAAGUGCGCGACGUUACCAGAAGUUAUCCAACAAGACAAGAAUAACGAACGCUCUGAAAUUAUCUAUUACUGAAAAAUUUGUUAAGGCGAGUGUCAAUGACGCCUCUUACACAUUUUUUUAUGAAUCAGUUGGUAAAUCAGAAGAGAAAGAAGACUGGGCGUCGAUAUACCUUGGAUGACAAGAUUCUUGCCUUGACAUUGGCUAAGCAAAGUCCCAAAGCGUACACUUUGUUAAGGAAAAUGUUUGCUCUUCCCAGCCGUAAAACUUUGAUGACACUGUUAAAUAAAGUUUCUUUCAACACCGGUAUAAAUAUGGCUGUCCUGAAGACUUUGGAAGAAUUAGUGCCCACCAUGAAAUAAUUUGAUAAAUAUUGUAUUCUUCUUUUUGAUGAAAUGGCGAUAGAACCUAGUUUGUAUUAUGAUGUGAAGAGAGAUGCAAUCGAGGGGUUUGUAGAUUGCGGCGAAGAAAAAUGUCUAUAAUUUGCCGACCAUGCUAUGGUGUUUAUGCUAAGGGGAAUACACAAAAAAUGGAAGCAACCAAUUGCCAACUUUUUCACAGAACAUGGUAUGUCAGUUGCUGAUGUCAUGCGCAACAUUAAAGAGGCAAUAAGAGCAUGCGAAAAAAUUGGCCUCCAUGUAAUAGCCACUGUCUGUGAUCAGAUGAGCACAAACGUUAAAGCGAUUAAUCAACUGCGCUUAGAUUCACAAUCGGAAGCUCUUCGUAGAGGAAAUGAGUACAAAGGUGUAGGCUUUUCCAUUGAUAAUAAGGACAUUAUUUCCCUUUUCGACGCUCCUCACCUUCUGAAGGGUUUGCGGAAUAAUUUAUUAACUCAUGACGUUUCCUUUGUAUGGAAGACAGACUCACCAAUGAGAGGCUCAUGGAAAGAUAUUACUACACUAUAUGAACUGGAUGUUGGCGAUUUUGACACUAAAAUGUUAAACCAUUUAACAGAGGCCCACGUCAUACCGGGAAAGGUAAAAAGCAUGAAAGUGAAGAUUGCCGCUCAAGUUUUGUCUAGACGAGUGUCAUCCACUUUAACAGCAAUAAACAGAUUAGCACCUGGAGAAUUACCACCAACGGCAGAGGGUACUGCAAAGUUUUUGUUAUUCGCAGACAAACUUUUUGACUCAUUAAACGGAUCAACCAUCCAUCCUCAAAGUGGUAAAAUGUUACGGUGUGCUAUCACCAACUCGUCGUCUCACUUAACUUUUUGGAAAGAGGCAAUCGAUGUUUUAAAGACUAUUAAAUUUCUAAGCAAGAACAAGAUUGAACAAAAACAAUUUGUGCCUCCGACAAUACGAAAUUGGAUUAAAACACUUCAGGGAUUAAAUGUGUUAUGGAAGAAACUACAAGGUCUUGGUUUUAAAUUUCUCUUGCCAAGAAAUUUGAACCAGGAUCCCUUGGAAAAUUUUUUUGGCUGUAUUCGCAUGCACGGUGUACGUAACAUUAAUCCGACAUGCACAGCGUUUAAGAACAACUAUAAAACCUUGUUGGUCAAUAAUUUCGCCUCCUCCCAUUCACCAGGGGCAAAUUGUGAAGAAGACGAUAGCUGGCCAGGCUUUGAAAAAUUAAAAAAAUUUGUUACGAUCAUUACAAAAACAAACAAUACGCAAUUGCAUGAAGAGCAAGAAGAGGACCCAGAAGAAGUUGAAGGUGAAAGCAGCAGCACGAGUGAUAUAGCAGCAAACACCCAUGCAUAUAUUGCUGGUUAUAUGGCACGAAAACCAUUGCAAAAGCUCAAGUGUGUAACGUGCCGAAGUGAACUAAUUUCGUCGAGUAAUGUACAUGGCACACUAAUUGAAGAACGCGCAUAUUGUCCUAA